UCUGCCGCUGGCAUGGUCCAGAGCGCUGUCGGUUCCGUGACUGGCAACUCUGCUACUAAGGCUGAAGGCGAUGCCACCCAGCAGAAGGCCACCGCCGAACAUGACGCCAGCCACACCACCGCCAAGCUAGGUCCAUUCUCUGCCGACCCCAACACUGGUGCGACAGCCAAGGACCGUGAGCAGCGCUCCACUGGCGCCUGGGAUCAGACCGUCGGUUCCGCGAAGGAGUCCCUGGGCAACCUGAUCGGGAACGAGAACCUGCGCAAGGAAGGUGAAAAUCAGAACCUGCGUGGCAAGGGUGCCGAGGCCGAGGGACAGCUGAAGGACUUCGGUGAGGGCGCUGCCGAUCGUCUCCAGGGUGGUAUUGGAAAGGUUGCUGCGGCUGCUACUGGCGAUCGCGAGGAGGAGGCGAAGUGGACUCAGGUCCAUGAUGAGGGCAAGGUUAAGCAAAGGGGUGCUGAGCUUGAUAUGCAGAAGCAUGCCUAAAUGGGAC